AUUACUUUAGGUUGAAUUUAUUAUUUAAUAUUUAUAAAUAGUAAAUACAUUUUCUAUAUCAAUGUCAAGUUUUAAUAAUAAUUAUUGUAUAAUAUAUUUAUUAUUUUUUCGUAAUUAAUAAUAGCAAUAAAUUCAAGUGAAUUUUAUUGUGCAAAAAUAAAGUAAUAAAAUACAAAAAGUAUUUUCUUGUACACAAAUAAUAUUAAAAAUGAAUAGUUCCUGUUUUAAUAAAACUGAAACGAAAUCUCCAUUUUUAAUUGGGGUUGCUGGAGGAACUGCCUGUGGAAAGUCGACUGUAUGCAAAAAUAUUAUAGAGAAACUGGGCCAAACAAAUUUAGAUGAGACCCGGAGGCAAGUAGUAUCAAUAAGCCAAGAUAGCUUUUAUAGAGAAUUAAAUGCGGCCGAAAAAAUCAAAGCUUCUAAGGGACAAUUUAAUUUUGAUCAUCCUGAUGCCUUUGAUGAUGUUUUUAUGUAUCAAACUAUGGCUGACAUUCAAGCUGGAAAAACAUGCACAAUUCCAGUUUAUAACUAUAAAACAAAUUCUCGAAGUAAGAAUGAGAGUAUUGUCAUAUAUCCAGCAGAUGUUGUUAUAGUUGAAGGCAUACUUGCAUUUUACUUUCCUGCAAUAAGAGAUCUAUUUCAUAUGAAACUAUUUGUAGACACCGAUUCAGACACUAGACUAGCAAGGCGAGUUCCUAGAGACAUUAACGAAAGAGGCAGAGAUUUAGAACAGGUUUUAAAUCAGUAUAUGAAUUUUGUAAAACCUGCAUUUGAAGAAUUUUGUUUACCAACAAAAAAGUUUGCUGAUAUCAUCAUACCUAGAGGAGCUGAAAAUUUUGUGGCUAUCGAUUUGAUUGUACAACAUAUACGGGAUUUGUUGAAUAGCGAACACAGCUCACAACACGAUCAUUCUGAAGGAAUAAUACAUACUACAAAUAUCAAUGCGUCUAGACUACAUUAAAAUGAUAUAAACUAAAAAUUAAUUAAAACUAUUUUAAGAUAUUUUGUCAGUUUAUUUUGUUAGAAUGAAUUUUCUUUAAAGAAUGUAAAAUAAUACACAAUAAAAAAAAUUAUUUAUUCCUUGAUGUCAAUAAUUGUGUUCAUUUACUAACUCAAAAUAUAUAUUUACAUAAAUUAUUAAUUAUUAUA